CAUCGGAGUCCGAGUGGCGUCGUCGCGUCAAAAUCGUCAAACCCCGUUUCGCGUCGUAGGCGUUCGCUAGUGCGUGCACUGUGCGGUGCGUCCACCGCUUGUUGUGAACUUUGUUAUUUGUGUUGUAAAAAUGCCAUUUAUCUCAAAGGACUGGCGAUCCCCAGGCGAAGAGUGGGUGAAAACUCAGGAGGGCUGGGAAAAAAAGAAGGUGUUAGAGUGCACCGCACAGAGAUAUCCCGCAAUAACUAACUAUAAUAACACAGACGAUAAUCAGCAAAAGUCUUGGUCACAAGAAGGCGAAGAUAGUGAGAAAACAAACGAAUCCGGUUCCAGAGUCCCUCCACACUGCCACAUCACAAUCAAAUGUACCCGAGAAAUUGCAGGUUUCAACGGCCUAUCAGAAGCGGUCCGGCGCCUGGACUUCUCGUCAGCCGUCCGCGACGUGCGAAGGUUCAACUACAUCUGCGCGCUACUUGAGCUGCUGCUGGGCGGACAGCGGCUCACGCACCUGCCUGGUGCUGCGCAGAAACUGCUGCUGAGCAUGCUGGAGCAGCUGGCUGAUCAGGUGGCCACAUCAAAGCAGAACCUGAACGCUUUACGCGCACUGGUGGUGGCUCUGUCUGCGCUGCGCGAGGCAGAGCGCCGGGCCUGCUGGGGCCGGCCGCUGGGCUCGCGCGCGCUGUGGGGCCACCACGACACCGCCAUCGCCCGCAUCAACCACAUCGCUAACAGCAUCCGUAUACAGGAGCCUGGUCCAGAAGUAAUGCCUAAGCUUCACGAUUUGCCUGAGGAGUGCAUUAGAGAAAUUCUACUUAGGAUAUCGGAUCACAGGGAUUUGGACUCCGCGUCAUCAGCGUGGAACGUGAUGGCGUCGGUGUGCACCGAGCAACGGAUCUGGCGCGAGCUGGUCACGUUCCACUUCACGCGGCAGCAGAUUGACGGCGUGCUCGGGAAGGACAAGGACGAUAAGGACGUCGAUUGGAAGAAAACCUUCCAUCAGCUUAGGAAGUUGUACGGACUGAGAGAAGACGCCCAGUACGCGGAGACUUUGUCCCUGUGCCGCCAUUGCAAGUGCCUUUUCUGGCGGUCGCUCGGGCACCCGUGUAUAGCUGAUCAGUGCCCGGAGUACCGCGAGCGGCUGCGCGAGGCGGGCGGGCCGCUGCCCCCGCACCCCGUGCCCCCCGCCGCUUUCCUGAAGUUCUUCUCGCUGUAAACUAAACAACUACCUACCCUCGCUUCGGUCGGCGAGCCUUGCCAUUUUGGCGACGAGGAUUCGCAUGUGCGUUGUCGCGCUUUUGCUUCGUGUAGACCAGUGGUUCUUAACCGGUGGUCCGCGGACCACUGGUGGUCCCUGGAGGCAUUCCAAGUGGUCCGCGAAGUGCACUUGCACACCUUGGUCAAAACCAUUUUUAACUGAUUUUUGCAGUCAAACUGGUUUACUUUUGACCGACUUCAUAGUCGAACAGACAGAAAUUUGGUAAAAUGGUCCCUCAAAACUUAAAGGUUAAGAACCACUGGUGUAGACUAAACAUUUCAUGGAUACUCGUUUCGUCUGAUACUAAGAUUAUUACAUAGGUAGUUCCAUUUCAACCUUGGAAGGAAUAACUGUGUAUUAAAUCACUAAAAUUGAAAGAACUUAGAGCGACGAAAAAUCAGUAGUUCCUUCGAAGGUACGGACUAAGGAACUACUUAGAAAAAAGAAGCGACUUGAUUUAACGCCUCUAUGGACCUAGGUUAGUUACGAUCGUUGGAAGAGCUACCGGAUUUUAUUCAAAUAUGAUGAUGACGUUAUGCGAAUUGGGCUAUAUUAUCGAUACCUAAAUUAUCUGAAAACUUCAUUGUCUAUCGCGAUUCGCCCCAAAAGUACAUUUAAAAACUUAGUGCUAAUAGUAGAACAUGAUUUAGAUCUCCUAAACUUAUAAAUUAACCUACUUACCUAGGUAGUUAGUUUCACAGUUAAAAUUCUAAUUUUGUAUUAAACUAUAUUAACCUAUAGUUUUGUAGAAAAGAAUCUAGAGUGCUUCCGUACAUAUUUGAUGGAAGUCGAAAUAUUGUUCACAUAAAAUAUUGGAUGAAAUGAAAACGUACGAAUUUGUGCAAUAAAUUAAUACCGUGAUUAGCUAAAUAGAUAAUACAUUAGCUACCUACAUUAUAGAGACCGACUAAAUCGUUUAGACUUUGUCUUAAAGUUUUCUUGAAACCAGCAAUAACAAAAUCUGCCAUAUAUCCCUCCAUAGGAAAAAUAUGCAACAAAAUACAACAAUAAUAAAUUACAGGAGACGUUAUAUAGAAAACAUAUACAACCAAGCGUUGGUUAUUAUUAUAUUAAUUAAAUAUGUUCUUAUGUACACCUUGUGCAAUUACCUAAGUCGGGCAGCUAAACUAAAAGGAAAAUAACGCCCGUAUUCACAAACGAUGCUUGCCUAAGUGAAGCAGCAAAUCGAACGCACAGAGUUGAAUAGAUCUCUGUGAUUGAUCUGUGCGUUCACGCGCACUGUGAGACCUCAUAGUAAUGUUUGUGAAUACGGGCAUAAAACAUUGAUGAUCAUCGAACCGACCGAAGCCGAAGCGACUGACUACGAUCUCAGGCGGUGGCCUAUAUUGUAACUACUAACCAUCACAACAGUAAGCGAGCUAGUUCAUUAUCUUAUAAGAAUAAUUAGUAAACAAUACUGUCAACCUAGGCAAGAGUUUAAAAAAAAUUCACAGUAGUUUUACAACCAGUGACUAGUCUUAAGAAACAAUUACGAUUUUUAUCAUAAAACUGUUAAAGGUACUAGAGCAUUCUUAGUUUCUUACUAUUACCGAAGUACUAGUACUACGUACCUACUACCAUCAUUG